GCUUGGGAUGUAAUGACACUCGCCAGAUUCGAAAAGGACGUGAAGCGAACCGACACCGGGUUCCUGGCGAUAGCAACGGAGGUGGAGAAUGACCAAGAGAAAGCCUCGGAACCUCCAGAAAAAAUCAAGGACUUACUGAAGGAGUUCCAAGACAUUCUUCCUGACGAUCUUCCGAACGAGCUACCGCCAUACCGAACGCAUCAACACGAGAUCGUGGAGGAACCGGGAUCGAAGCCGACCUUCCGAGCACCAUAUCGGCUCAGCCCUACAGAGCUGAUCGACAUGAAAAAACAAAUCGAGUAUCUCUUAGCCAAAGGACUCAUCCGACCAUCCACUUCGCCGUACGGUGCCCCAGUACUCUUUACACCGAAACCGGACGGAAGCCUGCGCAUGUGCAUCGACUACCGAGCUCUUAACAAGCAGACCAUCAAGAAUAAAUAUCCGAUACCGCGAAUCGAUGACCUGCUUGACCAGCUUCGGGGAGCUACGGUAUUUUCCAAACUGGAUCUGCGGUCCGGAUACUGGCAGAUACGGAUGGCGGCUAUCCACAAAACUGCUUUCCGAACUCGGUACGGAUCGUACGAGUAUUUGGUAAUGCCGUUCGGACUCACCAACGCACCGGCAACGUUUCAAGCCGAAAUGAACCACAUUCUACGACCACUUUUGGACAAGUGCGUGGUGGUGUACUUGGACGACAUCCUCAUCUACUCUCGCGGCAUGAAGCAGCACGUCGAGCACCUACAACGCGUCUUCGAAAUUCUUCGACGAGAACGGUUCUACGUCAAACUGUCCAAGAGAGAAUUCGCCCUUUAGAAGGUCCAGUUCCUAGGACACC